AAAAGCAGCUCUCUUUUUGCUUUCAUUAGACCCUAGAAGUCUUGUAUUUACUAUUUACUCUUCCAUUGAGUCUCUCUUUCACAAUAAACAAACGCACACAAUUCACACAAACACAACGCCACCUCUCUCUCUCUCUCUUGCACACACACACAAUCCUCUCUAGGGUUUUGCUUCUCUUCUCUUUCUGUAUCCCUCGAAAUCAAUCCUCGGAUGUGUAUGCAUCUAUCGCAACUCGCUCUCUUCUCUCUCUGUUCAAGGUAGAGAAGUUGAGGCAAGAUGGCAACGAUAAGAUCGAGCUUGCCAUCAAGGCUGCGCCAACUUUUCUCCGGCGAGAGCUCCAUCAUGCCCUCCAUAAAGCUAGACGCCGAACCGCCGCCUAAAGUCAAAGCAUUCAUUGAUAAGGUGAUCCAGAGUCCAUUGCAAGAUAUUGCAAUACCACUUUCUGGCUUCCGCUGGGAGUUCAGCAAGGGGAAUUUUAAUCACUGGAGGCCAUUGUUUCUGCAUUUUGAUACAUACUUCAAGACAUACUUGGCUAGUAGGAAUGACCUUCUCUUGUCAAAUAAUAUUUUAGAGGACGAUAUUGCAUUUCCAAAACAUGCAGUUAUACAGGUUUUACGAGUAAUGCAAACCAUUCUGGAGAAUUGCCAGAAUAAGGAUUCAUUUGAUGGUCUAGAGCAUUUUAAGCUUCUACUUGCUUCCACGGAUCCAGAGAUAGUCAUAGCUGGAUUGGAGACAUUGUCUACACUUGUGAAAAUAAAUCCCUCAAAGCUGCAUGUUGGUGGAAAGCUUAUCAGAUUAGGCUCCAUAAACAGCUAUCUCCUUUCUCUCGCGCAAGGAUGGGGAAGCAAGGAAGAGGGCUUAGGUUUACAUUCUUGUGUUGUGGCCAAUGAGAGAACCCAGGAUGAAGGGCUGUGUUUGUUCCCAGCUGAUGUCGACAAUGAUUGUGAUAAAUCUCAAUGCCGGAUUGGUUCCACUGUUUAUUUUGAACUGCAUGGUCCCAAACCCGAAACUAUAGAUGCAAAUGCAAAUUCUUCUGGUUUGAGAGUAAUACACAUGUCGGAUCUGCAUUUGAGGAAGGAGGAUGAUCUGGUCCUGAUGAAGCAAUGCAUUGAUCAGUACAAUGUACCUGCUGACCUUCGUUUCUCAUUACUGGCUAGAGUCCGAUAUGCACAUGCUUUUCGAUCUCCUAGAAUAUGCAGGCUGUACAGCAGGAUUUGCCUUCUUGCAUUCAUUGUGCUUGUGCAGUCUAGUGAUGCUCAGGAAGAAUUGACAUCCUUUUUCGCUAAUGAACCAGAGUACACAAAUGAGUUGAUUAGAAUUGUGCGAUCAGAAGAAAUGAUUCCUGGUACCAUUAGAACUCUUGCGAUGCUUGCCCUAGGAGCUCAAUUAGCUGCAUAUUCAUCGUCCCACGAUCGUGCACGGAUUUUAAGUGGAUCUAGUAUCAGCUUUGCUGCUGGGAACCGCAUGAUACUGUUGAAUGUGCUCCAGGGGGCUGUUUUAUCACUGAAGAACUCCAGUGAUCCAUCCACCCUUGCCUUUGUUGAAGCUCUUCUGCAGUUUUAUUUGCUCCAUAUUGUUUCUUCCUCUGCUUCAGGAAGUAAUGUGAGGGGUUCGGGAAUGGUUCCAACCUUUUUACCUCUUUUGGAGGAUUCAGAUCCUAAUCAUAUUCAUCUUGUGUAUUUGGCUGUUAAAGCUCUGCAGAAGCUUAUGGAUUACAGUAGUUCUGCUGUAUCAUUGCUUAGAGAAUUGGGGGGAGUAGAGCUUUUGGCUCAGAGACUUCAGAUAGAAGUGAAUAAAACUAUUGGUUUCGGUGGGGAAGGGGAGAAUUUGAUGAUAAUAGGUGAAUGCUCAAAAUAUGUUGACGACCAAGGGUCCUCCCAAAAAAGACUCAUCAAGGUUCUUUUAAAGGCACUUGGAUCGGCUACUUUUGCCGCUGCCAAUGCUACAAGAUUCCAGAACUCCCAUGAAAGUUCACUACCUGUGACUUUGUCAUUGAUAUAUCAGAAUGCAGAAAAAUUUGGUGGCGACAUUUAUUACUCUGCUGUGACUGUUAUGAGUGAAAUUAUCCACAAGGAUCCUACAUGUUUUCAUGCUUUGAAUGAAAUGGGCCUUCCUGGUGCCUUUCUUUCUUCAGUAGUAGUAGGGGUACUGCCUUCUUCAAAGGCUCUUACUUGCAUUCCGAAUGGUAUUGGAGCCAUUUGUCUUAACGCGAAGGGCUUAGAAGCUGUGAAAGAAACCUCGGCAUUACAGUUUCUUGUUGACAUCUUCACUAGCAAUAAAUAUGUUGUGGCCAUGAAUGAAGCUAUUGUUCCUUUGGCUAAUGCAGUAGAAGAGCUUUUGCGUCAUGUAUCGUCUCUGAGAGGCACUGGAGUUGAUAUAAUCAUUGAAAUAAUUAAUAAGAUUUCUUCCUUUGGGGAGGCCGACUCUCAUGGAUUAUUGGGAAAGAUAAAUGCGAGUAAUGCAAUGGAAAUGGAUAUUGAAAACAAAGGAACUGAAGAUCGUGCAGAUUUGGUUGGUGGAGUUGAUGUGGGCACAGAAGGAAUCAGUGAUGAGCAGUUUAUUCAAUUAUGCAUCUUCCAUUUGAUGCUUUUGCUUCACAGAACAUUGGAAAAUUCUGAAACAUGUCGGUUGUUUGUUGAGAAAUCUGGAAUUGAGGCGUUACUGAAGCUUCUUUUACGACCUAGCAUUGUCCAAUCAUCUGAAGGAAUGUCGAUCGCAUUACAUAGUACCAUAGUAUUCAAGGGUUUUACCCAACAUCAUUCUGCACCUCUAGCUCGUGCUUUCUGUGUCUAUCUUAGGGAUCAUUUGAAGAAGGCUUUGACAGGAUUUGGUGUUGUUUCGGGGUCCGUCUUACUGGAUCCAAGGGGAACACUAGAUGAAGGAAUAUUUUCAUCCCUUUUCCUUAUUGAGUUUCUUCUAUUUUUUGCUGCCUCUAAAGACAAUCGAUGGGUGGCUGCAUUGCUGACAGAAUUUGGAAAUGGUAGCAAAGAUGUUCUGGAGGAUAUUGGACGUAUCCAUCGUGAAGUUCUUUGGCAGAUUGCACUUCUUGAAGAUGCUAAACUUGAGAUGGAGGAUGAGGGUGGUGCUAGUUCUGCUGAGUCCCAAGUUUCUGAACAGGAUGGAAAUGACUCCGAGGAGCAAAGAUUCAAUUCAUUGAGGCAGUUCCUUGAUCCAUUGUUGAGGAGGAGAACAUCUGGGUGGAGUAUUGAGUCCCAGUUUUUUGAUCUUAUAAACCUCUACCGUGAUCUUGGACGUGCUACUGGCUUUCAACAUAGACAUGAUAGUUUUCCGACUCUGAGGGGUGCUGUUAGUCACCAAUCCCGUCAUUCUGGUUCUUUGGAUACUGCUGGGUCUGCCAGUGGAAAGGAGUAUGACAAGCAGAGAUCGUAUUAUACUUCUUGCUGUGACAUGGUUCGAUCACUUUCAUUUCAUAUCACCCAUUUGUUUCAAGAGCUAGGGAAGGCGAUGUUGCUUCCUUCUCGUCGACGGGAUGAUAUAGUUAAUGUGUCUCCUUCAUCUAAAGUUGUGUCUUCUACUAUUGCUUCCAUUGCACUGGAUCACAUUAAUUUCGGUGGGCAUGUUCAUCCUUCACUAUCAGAGGUGUCUAUAUCAGCGAAGUGUCGAUACUUUGGCAAAGUGAUUGACUUCAUUGAUGGAAUUUUACUGGAAGGGCCAGAUUCCUGUAAUCCUAUAUUGUUAAAUUGCUUAUAUGGCCAGGGAGUCAUCCAUUUAGUUUUGACGACAUUCGAAGCUACCAGUCAAUUGCUCUUUACAGUCAACAGGGCUCCCUCAUCUCCCAUGGAGACUGAUGAUGGGACUAUAAAGCACGAUGAUAAAGAAGAUGCAAAUCAUUCAUGGAUUUAUGGCCCAUUGGCAAGCUAUGGUAAACUUAUGGACCACUUGGUUACGUCGUCAAUUAUUUUAUCUCCAUUUACAAAGCAUUUGCUUACACAACCUCUUGCGAAUGGCGGCAUUCCAUUUCCACGGGAUUCUGAAACUUUUGUGAAGGUGCUUCAGUCUAUUGUGUUGAAGGCUGUGCUUCCCGUUUGGACUCAUUCACAAUUUGUUGAUUGCAGUAAUGAAUUCAUCACUACAGUCAUUUCUAUAAUUAGACACAUCUACUCUGGGGUUGAAGUGAAAAAUGUCAGUAGCAACACCAAUUCUCGUAUUGGUGGUCCUCCUCCCAAUGAAACAACUAUUUCAACAAUUGUUGAAAUGGGCUUUUCUAGGUCUAGGGCUGAAGAAGCUCUGAGGCAAGUUGGAUCAAAUAGUGUUGAGUUGGCAAUGGAGUGGUUGUUUUCCCAUCCGGAGGAAGCCCAGGAAGAUGAUGAACUUGCUCGUGCGCUUGCCAUGUCCCUUGGAAACUCCGAAUCAAACCCAAAGGAAGAUGCUGGAAAUGAAAGUAGUCAGCAACUUGAAGCAGAGAUGGUCCAGCCCCCUCCUGUUGAGGAGAUAUUGUCAACCUGUACAAAACUUCUCAAAGUGAAGGAACCUCUAGCUUUUGCUGUUCGGGAUAUGCUUGUGUUGAUAUGUUCGCAGAAUGAUGGACAAUACAGGGGUAGUGUCAUAUCCUUUAUUCUUGACCAAGUGAAGGGUUCUUGUUUGACUUCUGACAGCCAGAACAGUGCCGUGCUAUUUUCUCUCUUUCAUGUGGUUGCUUUAAUUCUCAAUGAAGAUGUGGCAGCACGGGAACUUGCGUCAGAGAAUGGUCUGGUGAAAGUUGUGUCAGAUUUGCUUUCACAAUGGGAUUCUGGUUUAGACAACAGGGAGAAGAGCGAAGUUCCAAAAUGGGUGACAACAGCUUUUCUUUCUAUUGAUCGUUUACUGCAGGUUGAUCAAAUAUUGAAUUCUCAAAUUCUAGAGCAGUUGAAGAGGGAUGAUGGUGGUAAACUACAAACCUCUCUUACUAUAGAAGAGGAUAAGCAAAACAAGUUGCAGUCUGCAUUUGGUUUAUCGCCAAAACUUAUUGAUAUAGAUGAACAGAAGAGACUUAUUGAGGUUGCAUGUAAUUGUAUCAGGAACCAGCUUCCUCCUGACACAAUGCAUGCAGUACUGCAGCUAUGCUCUACUCUAACUAGAACGCAUUCUAUUGCUGUUUGCUUUCUUGAUGCUGGGGGUGUAAGUUCAUUGCUCUCUUUGCCAACAAGCAGCCUUUUCCCGGGGUAUGAUAAUAUUGCUGCUACUAUUAUUCGUCAUGUCCUUGAAGAUUCCCAAACACUCCAGCAAGCUAUGGAAUCUGAGAUCAAGCACAGCCUUGUGGCUAUUGCCAACAGACAUUCAGAUGGGAGAGUCACUCCACGCAAUUUUCUGUUGAAUUUGAAUUCUGUCAUCUCGCGAGAUCCUGUGAUAUUUAUGCAGGCUGCUAGAUCUACUUGCCAAGUGGAGAUGGUUGGUGAAAGGCCUUAUAUUGUCUUGCUGAAAGACCGUGAAAAGGAGAAGUGCAAGGAGAAAGCAUUUGAGAACGAUAAAUCUCAGACGACUGAUGGAAAAAUUACUUUGGGCAUGAAUUCAGUAGCUCCUGGUUAUGGACAUGGAAAACAUCAUGAUUCCAAGAGUGUCAAAGUUCAUCGAAAAUCUCCCCAGAGUUUCGUGCAUGUGAUUGAACUUCUUUUGAAUUCAGUCCUUACCUUUUUUCCUCCUCUAAAAGAUGAUAUUAACACAAGUGGGCUCUUGGAUCCAUCAUCAUCAACUGACAUGGAAAUUGAUGUUGCUACAAUUAAGGGGAAAGGGAAAGCUGUUGCCUCAGUGGCUGAAGAGAAUGAAGCCAGUAGUCGUGACAUUUCUGCUUCUCUUGCAAAGAUUGUGUUUAUUUUGAAGCUUUUGACGGAGACUAUACCAAUGUAUGGUUCAUCUAUACAUGUUCUACUUCGAAGAGAUACUGAAGUUAGUAGUGGCAGAGGUCCUAGUGGUUUAUGCACCAGUGGAAUAUUCUCUCAUGUUCUUCAUAAUUUCAUUCCAACCUCUCUAAAUUCCAAGAAGGGAAGGAAAAUAGAUGGCGACUGGAGGCAUAAACUAGCUACUAGGGCUAGCCAGUUUCUGGUGGCAUCUUGUGUUCGCUCUGCAGAGGCCAGGAAGAGGGUUUUUACUGAGAUCAGUUUUAUUUUCAAUGAAUUUGUUGAUGCGGGUGAUGGUUUUAGGCCGCCAGGUAAUGAGAUGCAGACAUAUGUUGAUCUACUCAAUGGUAUACUGGCUGCUCGUAACCCUAGUGGCUCAUACAUCUCAGCUGAAGGUUCUACUACUUUUAUAGAUGUUGGUCUGGUUGGUUCAUUGACUCGGACUCUCCAAGUUUUGGAUUUGGAUCAUGCAGAUUCACCAAAAGUUGUGACUGGGAUUAUCAAAACUCUUGAGUUAGUAACUAAGGAACAAGUUCAUUCUGCUGAAUCUUCAGGAGGAAAGGGAGAGAAUUUGACGAGACCUUCUGGUCAAAAUAAUCAGUCUGGAAGUACUGGGAAUAUUGGUGAGACCUCACAUUCCAUGGAUAUGACAUCUGAGCCCAAUCAUGAAUUUGUGGCUGCUGAGAAUGUUGAGCCUUUUAAUACCAUCCAGAACUAUGGCGGGUCAGUGGCUGUCACUGAUGACAUGGAACAUGACCAGGAUCUUGAUAGAGGUUUUGUCCCUGGCAUUGAGGAUGACUAUAUGCAAGAAACUCCGGAUGACACAAGGGGCAUCGAAAAUGGCAUUAAUACUGUUGGCAUACAAUUUGAAAUCCAGUCCCACGGACAAGGAAAUCUUGAUGAAGAUGAAGAUGAGGAGAUGUCUGGAGAUGAAGGGGAUGAAGUAGAUGAUGAUGAUGAAGACGAGGAUGAUGAGGAACAUAAUGAUCUGGAAGAAGAUGAAGUCCAUCACCUGCCACAUGCUGACACAGAUCAAGAUGAUCAUGAGAUUGAUGAUGAUGAUUUUGAUGAGGAAGUGCUGGAGGAAGAUGAUGAAGAUGAUGUGGAUGGAGUUAUACUGAGGCUGGAGGAAGGCAUCAAUGGUAUAAAUGUUCUUGACCAUAUCGAGGUUUUUGGCAGAGAUAAUAGCUUUCCAAGUGACUCUCUCCAUGUGAUGCCAGUUGAACUUUUUGGUUCUAGACGUAAUGGGCGAACUACAUCUAUAUACAAUCUUUUGGGUAGAAGCGGGGAUAAUGCAGCCCCCUCCCGUCAUCCUCUUUUAGUUGGACCUUCUUCGUCACCACAGUCAGUCUCUCAGAGACGAACAGAUAGGAGUUUGGAGAACUCAUCACGGUGGGAUACUAUUUUCCGAUCGCUGAGGAAUGGGCGUCAAGGACACCGUUUGAACUUGUGGGUAGAUGAAAAUCCACAAAAUGGUGGAUCAAAUGCCACUACAGUUCCACAAGGGCUUGAAGAAUUGCUUGUCUCACAGUUAAGGCGGCCAUCUACAGAGAAACCUUCAGAUCAGAAUCUGUCAACUGUGGAACCUAAUAAUAAUGGCGAGGCUGGUCAGAUACAGCAACCUGAUGCAGGUGCAGGGCCUGGUACCCAUGCAGAAAAUGGUGUGAACAAUGACAGCAGCAAUGCAACUCCUCCCUCUUCUGUAGCAGUUGGUAGCUCUGGUAUUGCUGAGAUCAGACCUGCAGCCCAUACUCAACAAGGAACUGAUUCAUCAUGCUUGCAUACCCAGUCUGUGGAAAUGCAGUUUGAUCAGAAUGACGCAACUGUACGGGAUGUUGAAGCUGUUAGCCAAGAAAGUGGCGGAAGUGGGGCAACUUUAGGGGAGAGCCUUCGAAGCCUAGAUGUUGAAAUAGGAAGUGCUGAUGGCCAUGAUGAUGGCACAGAAAGGCAAUCUUCCGCUGAUAGAAUACCUGUGAGUGAUCAACAGACAGCUCGCAUUAGAAGAGCCAAUGUGGCUUUUGGGAAUUCAACACCAGCAAUUGGCAGAGAUGCAUCCCUUCACAGUGUAACUGAAGUUUCAGAAAAUUCUAGCCGAGAAGCAGAUCAGGAUAGCCCAGCUGUGGAACAGCAAAAUAAUGGUGAUGCAGGUUCUGGAUCAAUUGAUCCUGCAUUUUUGGAAGCUCUUCCUGAGGAACUGCGUGCUGAAGUUCUUUCAGCUCAGCAGUCACAAUCAGCGCAACCUUCAAAUCCUGAACCACAAAGCGGAGGAGAUAUAGAUCCAGAAUUUCUUGCUGCUCUUCCUCCAGACAUCCGAGCAGAAGUUCUAGCACAACAGCAGGCACAAAGGCUUCAUCAGUCCCAGGAACUUGAAGGACAACCGGUUGAAAUGGACACGGUUUCUAUAAUUGCAACAUUUCCUUCUGAUUUACGUGAGGAGGUUCUCUUAACUUCAUCUGAGGCUAUUCUAUCCAAUCUGACACCUGCCCUUGUGGCGGAGGCAAACAUGUUGCGCGAGAGAUUUGCACAUCGAUAUCAUAACCGUACCCUUUUUGGUAUGUACCCAGGCCGUCGCAGGAGUGAUGCUGCCCGCCGUAGUGACAGUAUUGCAUCUAAUGUGGACAGAACUGGGGGGAGUGUUGCCUCACGCAGGUCAAUUGGUGCCAAGUUUAUUGAAGCUGAUGGGUCUCCUUUAGUGGAUACAGAAGCUCUCCACGCAAUGAUUCGGGUGAUUCGCAUAGUUCAGCCACUAUAUAAGGGUCAACUGCAGAGGCUUCUAUUGAAUCUGUGCGCUCAUGGGGAAACCAGAACUGCUCUGGUGAAGAUACUGAUGGACAUGUUGAUGCUUGAUACAAGGAGGCCUAUCAGUUAUGCUCCUGCAGCCGAGCUGUCAUAUCGGCUCUACGGUUGCCAGAAUAAUGUGAUGUAUUCUCGUCCACAGUCCUUUGAUGGAGUUCCUCCCUUGGUAUCUAGACGUAUCCUUGAGACGCUCACUUACUUGGCACGAAAUCACCCCAAUGUGGCAAAAAUUUUGCUGCAAUUUAGACUGCCUGUGCCUGCCUUAAAGGAGCAAGUGAGUUCUGAGCAGACACGUGGUAAAGAGGUGAUGGUUGUCGAGGAACAUGAAACAGAUAGAAAGCAGCACCAGGAAGGGCAUGUAUCAAUUUCAUUGCUUUUGAGCCUCUUGAACCAACCCCUAUACUUUAGGAGUAUAGCCCAUCUUGAACAGCUUCUUCAUUUAUUGGAGGUCAUAAUUGAUAAUGCCGAAUGCAAGUCAAGUUUGUCCAAUAACCGUGGUUCAUCUUCUACUGAACAACCACAAUCUUCUUCUCAAACAUCCUCUUCAGAUGAUCAGAUAAAUGAAGGAACUGCUGGUGCCUCUGCUGGGGUUGGUACUUUCACUGAGGUUGCUGAUUCCUCUAAACCCACGACUUCAAGUGCAAAUAACGAAUGUGAUACUCGAAAUGUACUUCUUAACCUGCCGCAAGCGGAGCUUCGUCUUCUUUGCUCAUUACUGGCACGAGAAGGACUGUCUGAUAAUGCAUAUGCUCUCAUUGCGGAGGUUAUGAAGAAAUUGGUAGCAAUUGCUCCCAUUCAUUGCCAUGUGUUCAUCACGGAGCUGGCAAAUGCUGUGCAAAAUUUGACUGGAUCUGCUAUGGAUGAGUUAUGCAUGUUUGGCGAAGCAGUGAAAGCACUCCUCAGUACAACCUCUUCUGAUGGAGCUGCAAUUUUAAGGGUUCUGCAGGCAUUAAGUUCUCUUGUUGCGUCACUUAUUGAAAAAGAGAGAGAUCGGCAGGUUCUUCCUGAGAAGGAGCAUACUGCGGCUCUUUCUCAGGUAUGGGAUAUCAAUGCAGCCUUAGAGCCUUUGUGGCUGGAACUAAGCACCUGCAUAAGUAAAAUAGAGAGCUAUUCAGAUUCUGCACCUGAUUCCUCAACUCCAUCAAGGGCUUCAUCAUCUAAACCAUCUGGAAUAAUGCCUCCCCUUCCUGCGGGUGCCCAAAACAUCUUGCCCUAUAUUGAAUCAUUCUUCGUGAUGUGUGAAAGGUUGCUUCCUUCCCAUCCUGGUUCCUCCAAUAACUUCAGUGUAACCGUAGUUUCUGAAGUUGAAGAUGCCAGCACAUCUGAUAACCAACCCAAAACCUCUGGCCCAGCUUUGAAGGUCGAUGAAAAACAGGUUGCUUUUAUGAAGUUCUCGGAGAAGCAUAGGAAGCUGCUUAAUGCUUUCAUCCGACAAAAUCCAGGUUUGCUUGAGAAAUCUUUCUCACUGAUGCUCAAGGUUCCCCGGUUUGUUGACUUUGACAACAAGCGUUCUCACUUUAGAUCAAAAAUAAAGCAUCAUCAUGAUCAUCACCACAGUCCAUUAAGAAUUUCUGUAAGGAGAGCUUACAUUCUUGAAGAUUCAUAUAACCAACUGCGAAUGCGAUCAACCCAAGAUUUGAAAGGCAGGUUGACUGUUCACUUCCAAGGGGAAGAAGGCAUUGAUGCAGGUGGACUUACAAGGGAAUGGUAUCAGUUAUUGUCAAGGGUUAUCUUUGACAAGGGAGCACUACUUUUUACAACUGUGGGCAAUGAGUCUACAUUUCAGCCUAACCCCAACUCUGUAUAUCAAACAGAACAUCUUUCGUACUUCAAGUUUGUGGGCAGAGUUGUUGGGAAAGCACUUUUUGAUGGGCAACUCUUGGAUGUCCACUUCACCCGGUCUUUCUACAAGCAUAUUCUGGGGGUUAAAGUGACUUAUCACGAUAUUGAAGCUAUUGAUCCUGAUUAUUUUAAAAAUUUGAAGUGGAUGCUUGAGAAUGACAUAAGUGAUGUUCCGGACCUUACAUUCAGUAUUGAUGCUGAUGAGGAGAAGUUGAUACUAUAUGAAAGGACUGAAGUAACUGACUAUGAACUCAUACCUGGUGGUCGUAACAUUAAAGUUACUGAGGAAAACAAGCACCGAUAUGUUGAUUUAGUUGCUGAGCAUCGCUUGACAACUGCCAUUCGUCCUCAAAUUAAUGCCUUUUUGGAGGGAUUUAACGAAUUAAUUCCCAGGGAAUUAAUAUCUAUUUUCAAUGACAAGGAAUUUGAAUUAUUGAUUAGCGGCUUGCCAGAUAUUGACUUGGACGACAUGAGGGCAAAUACCGAGUAUUCUGGAUACAGUGCUGCAUCCCCUGUUAUACAGUGGUUCUGGGAGGAGGUUCAAGGGUUUAGCAAGGAGGAUAAAGCUCGACUUCUCCAGUUUGUUACUGGCACCUCAAAGGUUCCAUUAGAAGGCUUCAGUGCACUUCAAGGAAUUUCGGGUUCACAGAAGUUCCAGAUACACAAGGCAUAUGUCAGCCAUGAUCACUUGCCUUCUGCACAUACUUGCUUCAAUCAGUUGGAUUUACCUGAGUAUCCCUCCAAGGAAUUUCUAGAGGAGAAACUUUUGGUUGCAAUUCAUGAAGCCAAUGAAGGAUUUGGAUUUGGUUGAGUAUUGGGAUUGGGGAUUAUAGUAGGCAUGUAGAUAUGAUUGUAUUAUUGUGAGAAGUUAUAAUUAAUUAAUGGGCAAAAAAGCUCUGGUAGAAGGUUUUGAUCUGGGAAGUUGAGUUGAUUCAUGUUAAUAUGCUGUACAGUCAGUCGUAUAAUAUGGCUAAUGGAAAAAGUUUCUGGCAGUUUUUAAGUUUGCCAAUUUUUUCCA